AACAUUUUUGACUGUGUUAAUUACAACCCAAUUACAAUGUCUAUCUCUCUGGACGAUCUCAAAUCUAUCUUGCAGCAGCAGCAAGUUCAGAAUGAAGCAGCUCAACUAAAAUUAAUCGAAGCUCUCACUCAGAAGCUGUCCAUUCAAGUUCCAUCAACAUCUCAUUCUGACAAAUAUGAAAGCAUCUCAAAUUCCAUCAGUGAGUUCAACUACGACCCAAUAUCUGGUCUCGUAUUUGAUGCAUGGUUCAAUCGUUACGAAGACGUUUUCCGUAUUGAAUGCUACAUGUUUGAUGAUGCUGCCAAAGUCCGAUUGUUACUAAGAAAACUUGGUACUGUUGAGCACAACAGAUAUGUUAACUUCAUUCUGCCCAAGAACCCACGUGAGUUAUCAUUCGAUGAGACAGUCACCGUUUUAUCACAAAUCUUUGGUGAACAGUCAUCCAUGUUUAAUAUUCGGUAUCAAUGUUUUCAGUUGACAAAAAUGCCUUCCGAUGAUUAUGUCACUUACGCUGGCAAAGUGAACAAGGAAUGUGAAAGGUUCAAACCACACGAAAUGACAUCAGAUCAGUUCAAGUGUUUGAUUUUUAUUUGUGGGUUGAAGAACCCAGAAGAUACUGACAUACGAACUCGACUUCUGUCACUCGUGGAACAAGACCCGAAAAUGACUUUACAAAUGGUGACAGCAGAAUGCCUA